UUCCAGUGUGCCCCAGUCUCCUCCUCGAAAAAUCCCGUGGCAGAGUAUCAUUCUAGUCACAAUGUUCAUCUCAAACCAAGCACUGGCUAUUGCCCUGUUGGCAGGAAGCCCGCUUACCCAGGCCGGCUCGCCUCAUAUUUUACGGCAAGCUCCCGCCAACCCGAGCGCCCUGCCCGCAGGCUGGUCCUACACGGGCUGCUACGUCGACGACGUCAACUCCCGCCUGUUGACCGGCGCCUAUCAGCCUUCGUACGUGUUCUCGCGCGCCGAGGUCUGCAUCGCUUUCUGUACCGGCCAGGGGUUCCCCGUCGCUGGCCUCGAGAACGGCGGCGAGUGCUUCUGUGCCCCCUCGCUCCCCGCGAGCGCCGUCGCCGACCAGGCCGGAUGCACCACGCCCUGCCGCGGCCUAGCCUCGCAGGCCUGCGGCGCCCCAAACCGGCUCACCGUGUAUACUGGUGUCGUGCCGUCGCCGACCUCGAUCGCACCACCAUCCCCAACGAGCUCGUGCCCAGCCGGCAAGCAGAACAACCUGUGCUGCCGCGGUGUUGAUAGGUGGACGUCGAGCCCGUACAACUUUGGUACCCUCUGCGGUUACUUUCCCCCAGACCCCCUCGAGUUUGUCGGCAAUGUCUGCACUCCCAAGGACCCGAAUGCCCCUUGCCCCGACUACCAGAGAGUGGAGGGAUGCUGUGCCGGUCUUUGGCCUGGCGACUGCUCAAUGGGCACCAACUGCCAGAAAAUGUAACAUCUGCCCGGCGAUAACGAGUCGGCGAGAGGCGUUUGAAGUGCAUGGACCGACUCGUAUCGUCAUUUGAAACCACCGGCUCGCUUACUUGGGGUAGAUUUAGGUCUUGACCUGGGAGGGAUGCUAGUCGCCUUGGGAGGUCAUUAGCGACCUCGGGUCCUCAGUGACGACUAAGGCGGGACACGUUGCAGAGUUAUUUCCCAUGGCCCUGUGAUCCCAUGUUAGUAU